AUGCCCGAUGGAGGAUGUACCAUGACGGGUGAAGUUGAGGUUCGAAGUGGAACGAACGACACAGCUCCUUUGAAUUGGGCAGCUGGCGACGUCUCGUUUGGCGCGAAAGUUACGGGACCAAAUAGCUCUCUGACGAAGAAACCGCGACUUUUCGUCAAGGCACCGGCCGCCUUCCGCCUUCGGGUUGGCCACAAGAUCGGGGUGGCUGUUUACCGCACGUUUGAUAUCACUCAUGGAGAUGCAGGAGCUCCAAUCAGUGUCAGCCUCACCAAUAUUUACGGCCCGAAGCAUCAAGUUUGUAUUUACACGGGGAGUCACGGAAGUAGCGGAACAAAGUGA